GAACAAAAGCCAUAAAAAAAUGAUGAAAAAUUUCAAAAAGUAGGAAAAGUAUUGACAAGUGAGAAACUAAGCCGACACCAAACGAGGCCAACUAUGAUCCCACCGUUUACAAAAUAACUUUACUAGUUACUAGACACUAUACUCUCUCACACUGUCUCACACAAUCUUCUCUCCUCUGCUAACCUAACCUUCUCUCUAAUCCAUGUUAUAUUUUUGUCCUUUCUUAUUCUCACACCUCAUUUGAUUUCACACUCUUUCUGUCAAAACACCAUUCCCCCUUUUUCAUUCUUCUUCUACCCCUAGCUAACAACAUAACAUGGCUGUUACUUUUGCUCUUACUCUUGCACUUCUUCUUUUACCCUUCACCGCCAUUCCAUCAAGUGCUAAUUGGUGUGUUUGCAAAGAUGGAGCUGAUGCAAUCUUGCAGAAAACAUUGGACUAUGCUUGUGGAGCUGGAGCUGAUUGUAACCCUCUUCAUCAAAACGCACCUUGUUUCCAACCAAACACUGUUAGAGCUCACUGCAGCUAUGCUGUGAAUAGCUUUUACCAAAAGAAGGGUCAAGCUCAAGGAACUUGUGACUUUGCAGGAACAGCCACUGUUGUUGCAUCUGAUCCAAGUGUUAGUGGCUGUGCCUACCCUUCAAGUGCCAGUGGUGCAGGCACUAGUACAACAACUCCAGUGUCAGGCACUACACCCUCCUUGGGAACCACUCCUUCCACCGGAACCCCGUCAACAAGUACCGGCACAGGCACAGGCACAGGCUCUGGCAUGGGCACCAGUACCGGCACCGGCACUGGUUCUACUCCAUACAGCACAACUCCUGGAGUAUUAGGAGGUAUAGGUACUGGUAUGGGGCCAUCUGGAGCUGGAGGAAUGAAUGAUGAUAGUCAUGGUGGAAUUAGACUUUUGGACACUAGUUUCUUAUCAAUCCCACUCUUUUCUGUCUUCAUCAUGUUUUGGUGGGGUUGAAAAGAAAAAGUGGCCUUGUGAGAAGGGAAAAAAAAAAGGCAAAUGUCACUGUAUUAAUGGGUGUUAUUUUCUAGGUAUUGAACUCUGAGAUGUUACUAGUUAUUUUUGUUUAUUUUUCUCCACCUAAUUAUCUGCCAGUUCUUAAGUGGGUUUAAAAAGAUGGGCAGUUGAUUAAUUAAUUAAUUUUAUGAGUAUUAAGGUCUGCAUGCUCUUAGGCUCCUAGUCAGUAAUAUGGAGAAAGUACAUAAACCUCUGUUGUAUCCAUCAAAGUGUAGGGACUUUGGAGUUAACUUGAAAGACUGUGUUCCUUAAAUAUGAAAAUUUAUGUAUGAGGUUUAAAUUUUUGCAA